AUGAAUGGCUUCCUCGCAGUCUCCAUGGGUACUCCUGCCGGGGCAGCUCUCUUCCACGACACAACCUUUAACGCUCAGUUCAAGACCGUUCUUGACGCUUGGAACGCCUUCCUCAAGAGCCCCCAGUCUCUCGACAAGCUCGACAUACAACAUCCGGAAAAGCCAGGGUCUUGGAUCUCCAAAGCAGCUUUCAAGGCAGGCGUGUGGCAGGACAUGGUCCAUAACCCCUUGGAGCCCGGGUUUGGUUUCGACUCGUGGAACUCAUUCUUCAUCCGCCAAUUCGUUCCUGGUGCACGAACAUUCCAAGGUGAUCCAACGACAUCGGUCAACAUUGGCUGCGAGACGACACCGUGGCAAUAUGCUAACGGAGUCGGCAGAGAGACCCCCUUCUGGAUCAAAGAUGUCGAAUAUUCUCUCUUUGAUCUGUUUGGCGGGCGAGCGGACAAAGCGGCACCCUUCGUCGGCGGCCAGGUCUAUCAGGGAUUCCUCUCCGCCACUCACUAUCACCGCUGGAGGGCACCAAUUGAUGGCCAGCUUAUCUCGUCUUGGGUACAACCGGGUACCUACUUUGCCCAGCGACCCGAUCAAGGCGAAGGCGUUGGUACUUGGGAAGGCACCGAGUCACAGCCAUAUCUUGGUCACGUCGCUGCUCGCGCUAUCUUCAUCUUCUCACACCCACUCUGCGGUCUUGUUGCCUUAAUCUGCAUUGGCAUGGUCGAAGUCUCGACCUGUGUCAUCGAGCCCAGCUGCUUGGUCCCUGAUGGCAAACCACCGAUCGACAUUACACGAGGAACAGAAAUUGGUCACUUUGAGUUUGGCGGAUCGACCCAUAUCAUGAUCUUCCAGAAGGACAAGGUGACUUUGGCCGACUGGGCCAUCCAUGCAGUUGACCACCAGAAUGACCCCAAACCUAUUCCAAUGGGCAGUGUUAUCGCCAAGGCUAUUCAAUGUUAG